GUUCUUUCCGAGAUUCUCUCAAGACCAUGUUCCACGUUUGUUUUUCUUACCUAUAUGUCAUGACACAAGCUGCGAUAUGUGGAUCUCAUAUAGCUGACCAUAUGCUUCAAUUAGUAGAGACUACAUGCCAUCAUCUGACGAAGCGACAGAUUGGCAGGUUGGUAGCCAACGUGCGAACAUGAAGCAUUGGGCAUCCUCCUCACAGGAUUGACGCCAGCUCGGAGCUCGUGGUACCUUUGGGAACAACAUAAUGUCGCGACUACCACAAGACCUAUACCAAGAGAUUGCCCACACGGCUGUAGGCUCGGCACACUACAUUAUACCAAUGUAACCAUGCAGAAAUGUCACUAGGCACGUUUCUACUACCCUGUGUACCAUGCUUGCUCUGCCGAUAUGUCAGGAAACGCCUUUCCGUGCGACUGGUACUUCGCGAUAAAUUCUUUAUCCUCUGUCAAUGCGUGAUAUAAAUUCGGCUUCCUCGAACGGUGGGUUUGUUCCUUCAGAGUGUUGCCUGAGGCCCUCUGCGCCGUACCUCCCUUCGGAUUGGUUAGCGACAAUCGGACGACGUUCAGAUGGGUUCACGCUGGAUUUUCCUAGCUCAGGCUCUGAUUGUCCUGUUUGCCGGAGUUCAAGCGCUCCCUGCCCCGCUUCUAGAGGCUCGCCAGUCUACAAGCACGCUUAGUACGGCGCAGGUUGCGGCCUUCAAGCCUUUCACUUUCUACGCCAGUACCGCGGCCUGCAACCCUUCUACGACUUUGACUUGGACCUGUGGUGCCAAUUGUAAUGCUAACCCGACCUUCCAGCCCGUCGCAUCUGGAGGUGACGGCGAUCGGACACAGUUCUGGUUCGUUGGCUACGAUCCUACGCUGAAAACCGUGAUUGUGUCUCACCAAGGCACAGACACGAGCAAAAUAAUGCCUAUUCUUACCGAUGUCAAUAUCAUACAGAAUCCGCUGAACGCAACACUCUUUCCAGGCAUCAGCUCCUCCGUGGAGGUGCACUCGGGCUUCGCUGGUACCCAGUCAAGGUCUGCGCCAGACGUCCUUGCCGCUGUGCAAACCGCUUUGUCGAGACAUAGUGCUAAUCAUGUCACUCUCACCGGACAUUCCCUUGGUGCUGCGAUUGCACUUCUUGACGCUGUCUUCCUGCCUCUGCAUCUCCCAAGUACCGUCACCUUCAAGAGCGUGACUUAUGGCAUGCCUCGGGUGGGCAAUCAGGCAUUCGCGGACUAUGUCGAUGCGCAUGUUACAUUGAGCCAUGUCAACAACAAGAAGGACCCAGUGCCAAUUCUUCCGGGCAGAUUCCUCGGUUUCCACCAUCCCUCUGGCGAGGUCCAUAUCACGGACGCGAAUGGUUGGGUGGCUUGUGCAGGUGGGUCCCCAGCAUUUUCAGUUCCCGAGGCUGAAUUGAGGAAGCCGGUCAGGUCAAGAUAACACAAGUGACUUGUGUACCAUCGGCGCAGUCCCAAACAUCUUUGAGGGCGAGGAUUCUGACCAUUCUGGGCCAUACGAUGGUGUGAGAAUGGGCUGUUAGAGAUGUAGCUUAGAGUAUUGGCGGAUAAGUGUCUGGAAUGCAAAAUAAAGAUGAUAACAUUCAAUGCCAUAAUAAUAGGUUGACUAGCUGAGUUGGAUCCCGCCGUUGGCGCUUUCCAUUAAGCGCGCGUACAUGUGAUCAGACGC